AUGUCGUCGACCGAGUCAUCAAGUAUGGGGUCUAUGGAGCCUUGCCAUCCUCAAGACGAAGCAGCGCAAGCCAUGCCGACAGAGUCGCCAAGUAUUGGAUCUCACCAUUGCCAAGAUGAAACUAUGCGAACGAUCCCGAUGGAGUCAUCAAGUGUGGAAUCUCACCAUGCUCAAGAUGAAGCUGCGCGCUCAAUGGAGAUCCUCCACAAAGCCACUACAUUCUUAGAGCAAGUGAAGAUGAAUUACCAGAACAAACCAGAGGUACACAAAGAACUCUUUGGUCUCCUCACUUCAUACGCUGCCGCAAGAGACGAGGCCCAUCAACAUAUCAGCACUCGAGUGGAGGCCUUGUUCCGUGGCGCUGCACUUCAACUCUCGCCAGUCCGAGAUGACUUAAUUCAAGCCAUUCGAAACGGGAAAGGUACGCCAUACGCUGCACCUCUCGUCGACUCUGCCAUCAAACGUGUAGCCAAAGUCACGGUCGCGAGCACGGCGACCGAAAAUUCUGAGGAGGAAAGAAUCGAAGAGAGUGCCAUGAAAGACAUCUCCAGGGUCAAACACCUCCCAGAAUUCAGUGUCGAUGCCAGUCUACUUAAAGGCUUUAGUCAGCUGUUGCCAGCAAAUGUCUAUCCAUCAGUUGCGGGACGCACCAUGGCAACUGGAGGAACAUCGCGGUUCCACAAAGAAGAAGGAAAGCGGUACAUGGAGUUUCUCGAGGCUUAUUUUAGCGACAGGCCAGAUGUCUAUGAAAAAUACGCCAUCGCCAUUGACGGCUUUGAGAGGAAGAGGAUUAGAGCAAAUCGUCGUUUAUAUGUCAAAUCGAGGAUUUUGCUCCAGGACUCACCACAGCUCUUCGAAGGGUUUCAGAAGUUCUUGCCCGAAAAUGCGAAGGGCGAACUUUAUCGAACAUCGGCUGGGAAGCUUCGAUGGCGGCACUAUCAUGCUGACCACGUCACCUAUGAAAACUUGUCGGAUAGCCUGGUUUAUAAGUCCUGGUAG